CCUACCCCCCAUUUCGUUUUUCUUCCCCAAAACAAACUCUCCACACUCCCAAACGACGGCGUUUGCAGCGGUGAAUGAUCUGGCAUUCCAAUUCCCAUCAGAACACGGAACUACUACGCCACUAUCGAUGAGCUUUCAAUCAUCGCCAUCAUCCGUCGUCGUCUAGGUCUUCUGCUAGCUCUCCGAUUUCACCGCGUGGUUGCCGUCCGGCGUUUCUGCAGCUGCGAGUCAACGGCGGCGCGAUCGGUUCAUCGGAGUCCGGGAUUAUGGAUGCAGCUCCAGCGGCGGUGUCCGGCGGGUCUGUGAUCCCCGGCGAGCAGGCUGCGGUGUCCGCGAGGAAGCAGACGGCGGCGGAGAAGCGGAAGCGAGGUCGGCCGCCCAGGGGGGAGGUUGUGGCUAGGCAUCAUCCCCCGCCUGCGAAAAAGAUGAUGCCGGAGGAAGAUGUCUGUUUCAUCUGCUUCGAUGGCGGCUCUCUCGUUCUCUGCGAUCGCAAGGGCUGCCCUAAAGCUUACCAUCCAACUUGUAUCAAACGAGAUGAGUCUUAUUUCGCAGCAACAGCUAAAUGGAAUUGUGGUUGGCAUAUAUGUAGUGUGUGUCACAAGUUAUCACACUAUCUGUGCUACACUUGUACAUUCUCAUUGUGCAAGGAUUGCAUAACAAAUGCUGAGUACUUCAGCGUCAGAGGAAACAAAGGGUUUUGCACUACAUGCAUGAAGACUAUCAUGCUCAUUGAAAAUAAAGACGAAGUAAUCAAGGAGAAGGUGCAAGUAGAUUUUGAUGACAAAACCACAUGGGAGUAUCUUUUCAAAGUAUACUGGCUUGAUCUAAAAGGAAAGCUGUCAUUAACACUAAAUGAUCUUCUGCAAGCCAAACGUCCCAAAAAAGAAACUCCUCCUGCCGUCUCCUCAUCCAUUAGGGGUCAGGCAAAGGUUAGACGCUGUCGGUCUGAAUCUUCCAAUGCAACUCCUCUCAUCGAUAAGAAGUUGACGCCUGACACUAAGAGUAGUGAAGAGACAGAACAGCUGUGGUUUUACCAUGACCCCACAGGCAAAGUGCAAGGACCCUUCUCAAUGCUUCAACUGGGCGCAUGGAACAAAGCCGGGUUCUUCCCCCCUGAUUUAAAGGUAUGGAAAAUUAACGAAGAUGAUCGGUCACUACUUUUAACAGACGCAUUACUCCACAAGCCUCUUGAAAUCCCUGGGAGCGCAGUAAUCCAAUCUUCAGUCUUUAGAGAAGCGUCAGACGUAAAGUCGAUUGAAAAUAAACCAAACAAGGAAAGUUUCUCUUUGGAUGGCGGCGAUGAGUGUGUAACAAUGGACGAUUCGGGCACCCAUUCUUUCUUGGAGUUAUUAAAGGGUAAAAUUUCUUCUUCUGAAAUGUCCCAACACCAUCCAAUUCAACUAUCCGGUCAUCCAGAGCUCGAAAGUAGAUUUGGAGGCAAUGAAUGCCAUGAGAUGCAAUCUACGAAUUCCCAGCCCUUUCCGAUUCAAUCUUCAGGACAAAACUGGGAAUCUUUACCUGUACCAACCUCAAACCUCGUGCUUCCCGCCACCAAUUUUGCUUCGGUCCCCACCGAGCCGGACGACCUCCCAGAGCAGAGUGUCAGGAUAAGCUUUACAGCCCUCCUGAACGAAUCAUCCCCAACGGCAGGUGGUGGUGAUAAUAAGAGCUGGGAAGUCCAAGCAGCCGAAGAAUUGCUAUCCUUGUCAUCAUGUUUCCCCACCCAGCGUCCCAAUCACCAGGACCAUCUUAGCCCUUCACCGAGCGGCGAAGACCAUCAAUACGGACAGACCAUGGCCGAAACAAAGGACCAUUCAUCCUCAAACCUACCCGUUCAAGACUCAGUAAGGAGCUGGAGCAGUGCCUCUAGUAUGGCCAUCAAUGAGUGGGAAUCCACCGUGGUCGUCUCUAACAACCUACCCGCGGGCACACCCACUUCAAACAUUGAAAACCUCACCAACUCGUCUCCCUCUCCCCUGACCUUAAAUGUGUCCAGCUGGCAGCCCAUCGAGUUCACAACCCUAGACGAAGAGUCCGUGUCCGAUCUGUUAGCCGAAGUCGAUGCACUUGAGUCCCAAAGUGGUUUGGGAUCGCCGGCUUCUGCACUACGUUGCGGCAAGGACGUGGUGAUACCCAAGUUCAAGAACGAGUACUUCAACUUCUUCGAGGAACUGAACCCGAUGCCCGAUCCGGUGAAGCCCGGCACCUUUAACCACAUCCAUUAUGACAGAUGAGCCCCUCCCUCCCUGGUUCAAAACCAAACACAUUUUCCAGCUCUUCUUCCAAACGGACCGUGUAGAGGUUGUUUCGGACAUUCUCCGAAUCCUCCUGUGCGCGGUUUUAUUUGUAUUUUGUAUUCUGUAAUUUUUUUUUGAAGAGUAAUCUGUUGUACGUGUAACGAGUGUUGUAAUUGUAGCAUGAAAAAAAAGAAGCCAUUUAAUUGAAAUGGCAUAAAGGAAGAAAAAAAAUUGAAUACUUGGAAAAUAAUUUUGCUGUUGAAAUUCGUUGAUGUGCCUAUAUGUUCUCAUUUAGCAAGAGAAGAUUGUAUUUUGUAACAUGAAAGACAUGACAUAUUAAUGGUGUGGGUGUAUCAGGACAUACGUAUAUUCGUUGCAGUGCAUUGCAUGGUAAUUCUUUAUGCGUAGUAAAAACGUACAGAUUGG